AUGCCACAUUUGCUUAAUCGCUCGGCUAUUUUUCUUCGGUCUCCAUUCUCGCGUAUUGCAGCCACACCUCGUCACUUUUCAGAUUUUGUGGUUCCCAAACGAGAAGGUGAAACAAUCGCCACCAAAAGAAAUCGUCUUCUCUACGAAAGCCGUAAGCGGGGUAACCUCGAAAAUGGUAUCAUCCUUUCGUCAUUUGCUGAUAAGUAUCUGGCCACAAUGUCAAUGGAGCAAUUGGACAAAUAUGACCACUUAAUCAACACUCCGGAGUGCGAUUGGGAUAUCUUCUAUUGGUCCACCGGUGAAAAGGAGGCUCCAGAGGAAUAUAAUACCGAUGUACUGAAUAUGCUCAAGAACCAUGCCAAGAAUUACGGCAGAGAGAUGCGGAAUAGACAGUCUAGUCCAACAUUUUUCACUCAAUAA